UAUAUAGGCAGCUUGGCGGGCGGCAGGCGGCAUUCUGGCGCGGAGCGGAGCGGCGGCGGGUGCAGGUAGCGGGUCGGGUGCGGAGCUGGGGUGCAGCUCGGUUUCCCCCCGACACCCCUCCCCCUAGGGCGCGAGCCCCACCCCUCUGCGGGCCAGGCGACUCGACCGAACUCUCCCCUGUGGCGCGAGCCCUGGGCGGCUCCGGGCGCCCCCCAGCAGACCCCCAUCAUGGGCAGCCAGAGCUCCAAGGCUCCCCGGGGCGACGUGACCGCCGAAGAGGGAGCAGGCGCAUCUCCCGCUAAGACCAACGGACAGGAGAACGGCCACGUGAAAAGCAAUGGAGACUUAUCCCCCAAAGGUGAAGGGGAGUCGCCCCCUGUGAACGGAGCAGAGGCAGCCGGGGCCACUGGUGAUGCCAUCGAACCCGCACCCCCUAGCCAGGGCGCUGAGGCCAAAGGGGACACCGCCCCCAAGGAGACCCCCAAGAAGAAGAAAAAAUUCUCUUUCAAGAAGCCUUUCAAAUUGAGUGGCCUGUCCUUCAAGAAAAAUCGGAAGGAGGGAGGGGGUGACUCCUCAGCCUCCUCACCCACAGAGGAAGAGCAGGAGCAGGGGGAGAUCGGUGCCUGCAGUGAGGAAGGCACUGUCCAGGAAGGGAAAGCUGCUGCCACCCUUGAGAGCCAGGAGCCCCAGGCCAAGGGGGCCGAGGCUGGCUCCACAUCCAAGGGAGGAGACACAGAAGAGGAGGCAGGGCCCCAAGCUGCAGAGCCAUCUACUCUCUCGGGGCCUGAGAGUGGCCCUACACCAGCCAGCGAGCAGAAUGAGUAGCUGGGUGGGGGCAGGUGGGUGAUCUCUAAGCUACAAAAACUGUGCUGUCCUUGUGAGGUCACUGCCUGGACCUGGUGCCCUGGCUGCCUUCCUGUGCCCAGAAGGGAAGGGGCUGUUGCCCCCUCCCAGCCACGUUCCCUUAUCUUCCUCUCCUCCCUGUGGAUUCUCCCAUCAUCCAUUUAUUUGGCUUUUCUCCUAAGGCCAGUUGAAGAUGGUCCCUUGCAGUUUCCCAAGUUAGGUUAGUGAUGUGAAAUGCUCCUGCCCCGCCCUCCUCCCGCCCCGCCCUGCCCUUGCAGAAGGCAAUUGCUGGUUUCCUCCCCAAUUCUUUUCCAAGUAGGUUUUGUUGACUCCACUCCCCAGACCCCUGAGCCACAUGUGGGGUGCCUACACUCCCAAACCCUGAUUGUCCAGCUUUCCUCCCCCUGUUGAGUUUUUAGUCUCUUGUGCUGUGCCUAGUGGCACCUGGGCUGGGGAGGACACUACCCCGUCUAGGUUUUUAUAAAUGUCUUACUCAAAUUUCCAACCUCCAGCUUGUGAAUCAAUUGUGUCUUUUUUGACUUGGUGAGCAAGUAUUAGGCUUUGGGGUGGGGAGGUAUGUAAUGUGAAACAACUUGUUGUUGUCUUUUUUUCCCCCCCUCCCAUUGUUGUAAAUAACUUUUAAUGGCCAAACUUCAGAUUUGUACUUUUUUCUUUCUAACUGCUAAAACCAUUCUCUUCCACCUGGUUUUACUGUAACAUUUGGAAAAGGAAUAAAUGUUGUCCCUUU